AUGAGAAAAGAUGGGGGAGAGACCCGUAAAGAUGAUGUUCCUUAUGUCUAUUGUUUUAUGUCCUGUGGUUUUUGGUGCUGUAUUGCCAAGGAGUACCAACAGAAUCAGCCAAAACAAAUCCCAAUUACAACAAGAACAACGAUUCCAGCUAGCCCAGAGAUCCAAACACUGAAUCUCUCUAAAACAGGUAAUGGAGAACCAGUUGAGAAAACGACUCGGCCUGGGAUUACAACAAGAACAACGACUCCAGCUAGCCCAGAGACCCAGACACUGAAUCUCUCUAAAACAGGUAAUGGAGAACCAGUUGAGAAAACGACUCAACCGGGGAUUACAACAAAAACAACGAUUCCAGCUAGCCCAGAGAUCCAAACACUGAAUAUCUCUAAAGAUGGUAAUGGAGAACCAGUUGAGAAAACGGCUCGGCCUGAGCUUACAACAAGAACAACGACUCCAGCUAGCCCAGAGACCCAGACACUGAAUCUCUCUAAAACAGGUAACGGAGAACCAGUUGAGAAAACGACUUGGCCUGGGAUUACAACAAGAACAAAGACUCCAGCUAGCCCAGAGAUCCAAACACUGAAUCUUUCUAAAACAGGUAAUGGAGAACCAGUUGAGAAAACGACUCGGCCUGGGAUUACAACAAGAACAUCGACUCCAGCUAGCCCAGAGACCCAAGCACCGAAUCUCUCUAAAGAAGGUAAUGGAGAACCAGUUGAGAAAACGACUUGGUCUGGGAUUAUAGCAAGAACAACGACUCCAGAUAGCCCCAAGACCCAAACACACGACAUGAUGGGUGAUGAAAAAGAAGAUCUUUCAGAGGAUUAUCUGAUAUGGGCUAUCAUUGUUACGAUUUGCUGUAAAGUGUCUGUGGUCAUCAUAAUUCGACUUUCAAUUAAAAUUCGAUACACAAGAAUGCAUGACAUACCAAUGCAAUUGAUGGAUAUUGACUCCCCUGCUCCUACCACACCACCACCAGCUGCUCCUUCCGCACCACCAGCUACUACACCACCAACUGCUUCUGCACCUGUCACUCCAACAGAAACACCACAUACUUCUACACCUGCAACCCUGAAACCUUUAAUUGGUCCUUCCACUCCCGUCAGCAAGAAUACCAGGUUGCAGAGCAAGAAGAAGCUAUUAUUUCAAGAAAGUCAAAUGUAA